AUGAGCCUAAGUGAAUUAAGAAAAAAUCUGAGGAAAAAAUUCGACCCAGGCUUGCCACUGCGUCUCAUCCCCAAACAGAUUGUAUCGCGAUAUAGCGAUACAAUAUCUUUCUUGCUAAAUUUUUUGGCGAUUUGUCAUUCAGCUUAUCAGUCAUUCAAUCAGCGUAACAUUCAUUGGAAAGACGAUAAAAGCGUUAUUUUUUUUGCUUUUGCAGCACCACAGCCGAUCAGUCGCAGCACAUUUGCUGGUGGUGUGAAAUUACGCAAAGAUACGCGGAACGUGAAGGCCGGUUUGGGUGACUGCAUGUAUUCACGCCGUGCUUCGCAGGAUGAGGGUGUGAAGAGUAAUUUCGGUGCCAGUCAAAGUCAAGAUGUACGCGUAAAAGCCAACAGUGCCUGUGGCUUGGAUCUGUCACAAGUUUCGUGGAACGGAACUGUGAAGAGUGGCUUUGUCAGCGAAGCUGGUGGUGAUGCUAUGAAUCUGCGGCAAGCUUCACAAGAUGGCAGCACGAAGAAUAGCUUUAUUGGUGCUGUUGGCGCGAGGGAAUGCAUGGGCAAUUCAGUCCAUAGUAUGCGGGCACCUGCUGGGAUUGACGGUGGCACCACCACAGGUGUGCAAUCCACAAAAUUUGGUGACAAAAUUUUGCAGUUUUUUUCGUGA